UAGAAAUUGAAUUAAGACGAAAGGCAUAAACAGAAACAGUCAGUCAACCACGUCUUGGCUUACAAGCUGCAUCUACUCUGCACCGAAUCCYUCUCUACUUUUCUGAAAUCAACCACCAUUUUUAGGGUUUCUGAAUUCCUCCACGAUCGUUCACUCGUUAGUGAAAACCUUCCACAUCGUAUGCUGUAUUGGGUGAGAUUGGGAGAGCCAAAAGUCUCCACAGAUCCGACUCUGUGAACAAUGGCGGGUCCUGUGGGUCGUAGAGUCACCAACGCAUCACAAUCAAUGCGUGGAUCUCGAAUUGCUGUUGCAAUUCUCAUUGGAAUUMUGCUCGGAUGUGUCUUCGCGGUUUUAUACCCUUAUGGUCUCUUCUCCGACUCUUCCAAUUCGGCUUCUCAUUUUCAGAGUCGCCGUGUUUCCAAAUCGAAUCUCCAGAUUGGAUCAACUUCAUGUGAAUCCACAGAGCGAGUUAACAUGAUGAAAUCAGACAUUGCAGAUUUAUCGAACAGCAAUGACAAUCUAAAGAAACAAGUCAGGGAUUUAACUGAAAAGUUGCAGGCAGCUGAACAGAAAAAUGGUCAAGCUGAGCAGCAAGUUGUGGUGGUAGGCGAGCCACAAAAAGCUGGGCCUUUUGGUACUGUUAAGGGUAUAAGAACUAAUCCUACUGUCGUUCCAGAUGACACUGUUAACCCAAGACUCUCCAAAAUCUUGGAAAAAAUUGCAGUCAAGAAGGAGCUUAUAGUUGCACUUGCAAAUUCUAAUGUGAAAGCUAUGUUGGAGGUUUGGGUCGCUAGCAUAAAGAAAGCAGGUAUUCCUAAUUAUCUYGUUGUGGCUCUAGAUGAUGGGAUUGUAGAUUUUUGCAAAGAAAAUGACGUAUCAUUCUACACGAGAGAUCCAGAUGAGGGUAUUGAUUCAGUUGCUAAAACAGGUGGUAAUCAUGCUGUCUCAGGAUUAAAGUUUAGAAUCCUUAGGGAGUUUCUGCAGUUGGGUUACGGUGUUCUUUUGUCUGAUGUUGAUAUCGUAUACAUACAGAACCCUUUCGAUCAUAUAUAUAGGGAUUCAGAUGUGGAGUCUAUGUCUGAUGGGCAUGAUAAUAUGACUGCGUAUGGAUAUAACGAUGUCUUCGAUGAACCUGGUAUGGGUUGGGCUAGAUAUGCUCAUACAAUGCGAAUAUGGGUUUACAAUUCUGGGUUUUUCUAUUUACGACCUACUUUGCCUGCCAUUGAAUUAUUGGAUCGUGUGGCUGCCAGGCUCUCUCGGCCACCACCUGCUUGGGACCAAGCAGUUUUCAAUGAGGAACUGUUCUUUCCUUCUCAUCCCGGUUAUAUUGGUCUUCAUGCUUCCAAGAGAACCAUGGAUCGUUAUCUUUUUAUGAAUAGCAAGGUUCUUUUUAAGGAAGUAAGGAAAGAUGCUAACUUGAAGAAAUUAAAGCCUGUGAUUGUUCAUGUCAAUUAUCAUCCAGAUAAAUUACCACGAAUGAAAGCAGUCGUUGAGUUCUAUUUCAAUGGGAAGCAAGAUGCACUGCAACCGUUUCCUGAUGGUUCUGAUUGAUUUUCUGGAUCAGGUAAUCUUACARUGAGUAUAACACUUUUUAGAGAAAAUGAAUGUAUUAUUAUGAAUCUUCGUUCCACCGGCUUGACUUUUCAAUAUUUGUUACCCUUUAGUAUGCAAUGGUCCCUUUUUCUUAUUCACAGUACAGUUUGAUCUUAUUUUAUCCCUUUUAUUUUGGUCUUGAUAUAUUAUGUGCUUAUCUA